GACACGUCAUUGUGUCUGUCUGGCUGUGGGUACGGAACAGGGAAGGGGUAUAUAAAGCCCCGAUGCCAUCAAGGAAGAUAUUCGCAGUCUUGUCUUGUAUUGCCAAACAUGAAGACCUCCAUUGUUGUGCUUGUUUUGGGUGCCGUUAUGGCGGCUGUUAUGGCAGCACCGCCUCCCUUGGAGAAGAAAUACGAUGGCUACUUCCAAUAUGCUAACGUACCCGGAGAGAAAGAAUACGAAUUUGGUUUCAACCGUGGCGAUGCUGCGCAUUAUGCUUCCCGUUACGAACAAUCCAAAGAUCAUCGUUUCCGCACCAAGGUCAAGUGGGCUGAUGCCCAAGAUGGCUACGGAGAGCAUUACUGGGAAUACAAUCAUGGAGAUGGCGGCGCUGCAGCCUAUCCAGCACCGGCUUAUACGCCUCCUGCUUACACCGCCCCGGCGUACUCUGAACCUGUUGCCUCCUACCAGCCUGCCCCACAAAAAUACAAGGCCAAAAACUAAGUAGACUCUGAAAAUGUUGUAAACUGACAGAUGAAGUUUUCUUUUUCAAAUUGAAGAUGAUUGUCGACCUACUACUGUAACAAUUUAUCUCCCUAUUUCAAAUAUUUAUU